AUGGCACGCCUAGGUGCCAAUUUUUCCCGUGUCAGCCACCUGUGCCUUCUCUCGCACCCCGAUCUUCUUGACUGUGUGUUGACACUGGCUCCAGUUGGGGGUGGAGGGGAUGGUGCGGUAGGUGCGACACAAGUCUACACGUAAGCCUGCUGCGGAGCACAGGGUAGGCAUCAUCGGUAACGACGGUUGAACUGUCGACUGCAGGCAAACAAAGAUCAGGUACACGCAAGCACUUGCGCCAGGGCUAACAACCUCAACAGCUCACAUUCGUCCCUUUGGGACAAUUUCAGCCGCCGUCUUCUGAGUCACUUGUCCUAUCAGUUUUAGGAAACCUUACUUUGUCGACCAUCGUACCUCGAGGGCCACAUUCUGCAUAGAUUUUCCGUGUCACGCAGAACACUCCGUCAUCUCACACUCCAUAAAACAACCGUCCAAAUUAGAAACCGGCGGCGAACGCUGUGGGAGAGCCGUCAAGCGACUACCAGCCACGAGAGGAGUUUUACGGGCGUAAAGAGGAGAGAGAGAGAGAGAGAGGGAGGGAGACUGGAGUGACUAAUUCUGCCUUAGUUGCCACUUUAAACCAGUGAUGUCCCAAACUCAAGGUUUUCGGGCACCGGAUGUUCUUUACCCAGGCCAGCUGUUCAUCAAGCGAGGCAUUCGCCACUGGACUUGGGAUCAGUGCGACCGACGAUACUCUGUCACAUGGUUACCAAACAAUCCUGAUCGCAGGAAGGAAUGGGGACAGGUGGUGGUUACGUCUUUCCCUGAAACUCAGCCUCUGUGGUCAAAUGGCAACUGACAACGAAUAAUCGCGGGCGGAGGGUCUGACUGAUAAUUUGCCAUCAGUUAGCCCUACUGGCGUUCGAGCGGCAUAUCGUUGGGCUCGAAUGGCUAGUGGCCCGCUGAACCCGAGAUCUAACCCUCGGGCUUAUCGGUAGCUUAUCAGUUGGGAGAUCACAAGCUGACAACGGCUAAUAAGCCAGAAAUUACCACCCUAAUGCCCUGAAAAUUUGUCGGCAACAGAUUUUAAAAAAGUGUAGUCAUAAUAAGAGAUCGAAAGAUUGCAGCAAUCUACGCCGCGCGUGACGGUAUUCAUUCCUUCUUCUUCUUCCUUUUCUUCUUCAUCAUCAACAACAGCCACAGCAUCAUUGAUGCCACUACAACCACCGCCACAGUCACCGCCAUCAUUGUCGUUUUUCUUUAUCUGCCAUCUUUUUUUAAUAUUCACAAUGGCUCCCCGACAACUAUCCAUUCGUUUGAAAAGCCUACGAGAUUCUGGUGCCUGCACGUUUGUCGCAGUCGUCGUCUAGUCGGACCGGUCGUUAUCCGGAGCUAGUGCCAACAGACAGAACCAUUUUUACUCGGAAGUUCGUUUGGUAGGUCAACAUCUAGUCCGGUUAACUACCACAAAGCUGGAACACUCAGCACCGAGAAACCUCUUCGUAGGUACAGUGAAUGACCGAUCUCGUGAAAUGUCGGCUGAAAUUCCGAAAUACGUUUUUGAUUAGGAAGGAUUACUUAGGCGCAGCCAUAAUACUAAUUAUCCUGCAGCAUAAUCUUAUAAUAUUUCGGACUUGGCAGGAUGUCGGCUUUUGAAUGCACUGCUUUUCAAUCUCCUGUAGAAACCGUACUCGGUAAGAAAUGGCUACUUAUGUGGCAUGCCUUUUCCCCAUCGAUUUUUGGUAGUUUUUCAAAUUCAAAUAUAUUUUAUAGAAACUACAAACAAAAUAUGCUUUCUUUCAGUCGUUUGAUAGGAAAUCACGUCAUCUUUAUAUUUGAUACUCAAGGAAGGAGUAUAAUUAGGUUUGUAAAAAGUUUAUAACUAUGAGAUUUUUAAAGACUAUGUCAUGUCCAUUCAUACAACAUCUUACCUGCCCAUUUACCAUUACUCUUCAUGAAAUAAACAGCAUAGUCCUCAUCCAUUGAAAAAUUAUAUGGACUCCAUAUAGUAUCUUUUUAAGGGCAUAGAAGAAUAUGUGAUUUUCUCUACGCGGAACGCAUGCACCUUGCAGACUGAAAUCACUAGUUGCUAAUGCAACGGCUGAUCAGGCUCCAAAUUAUUAGGGAAUCAGUAAACGGCAAGAUCUCAUUUCUAGUCGUACCUGGUAGGGGUUAGCGUUAGUGAUUGGGGUUGGGUUAUGGGUCAGGGUUAGGGGUUAAGGGCUAAGGUUCGGGAUUGGGGUUAGGGGUUGGGGUUAAGCUUGGGCUUGUCCGUUGCUGAUACGACUACGAAGUAAGAUACGACUCGGAGAACUUUUUUUGAAACCUAAUUAUACUCCUUCGAGUAUAAAAUGUAAAGAUGACGUGAUGCUCUACCAAACAACUGAAAAAAGACAUAUUUUUGUUUGUGGUUUCUAUAAAAUAUGUUUGGAUUUGCAAGACCAUCAAAAAUCAGUGCGAAAAGUGCAUGCUGCUUAAGUAAUCAUUUUUUACCCAAUAGGAUCUCUACAGGAGAUUGAAAAGCAGUGCAUUCAAAAGCUGAUAUCCUGCCGAAUCCGAAAUACUAUGGGAUCUUAGACUGAAACCAUUAAGCGCUAAUACAACGACUGAUCAGGCUCCAAAUUAUUCGGGAAUUAGAUAACUUUCUUAAAAUCUUAUUAUGCUCCUUCUUCGAGCAUCAGAUAUAAAGAUGACGUGAUUCCAUAUCAAAGGACUCAAAGAAAGCAUAUUUUGUUUGUAGUUUCUAUAAAAUAUAUUUGAAUUUGCAAGACUACCAAAAUCAAUGAGGUAAAUGCGUGCUAUUUAAUUAGUCAUUUCUUACCGAGUACGGUUUCUACAGGAGAUUGAAAAGCAUUGCAUUCAAAGGUCGACAUUCUACCGAGUUUAAAAUAUUAUUAGAUUAUGCUGCAAGAUAAUCUGUAUUAUGACCGCGCCUAAGCAAUCCUUCCUAAUCAAAAACUUAUUUCGGAAUUUCAGCCAACAUUUCACGAGAUCGGUCACUCACUGUACUUUAAAAGACGAUGCAUUAGUUCGUUUUGAGGAAAGCACAUGUGCCAGGGCGUCAAAAACGUCUGAAAAUGCGACUGAUGCUUUAAGUUGUGCUGAAAAUCGAAAGUGUUUUAAGAACCGACACACGCACCCUGUCUUCGAAUACUUGUCUUGGAGAAGACGCAGUCUGGUGAAUUCACAUGGGAGUGACGUUCAACAACCUUUUCUGACCACAGAAUCUCAAAGUCUGCAGUCCUCAUAGGCGGUCGCAUAGAGGCCAGCAAUCAAUAACGGAGAACUGCUGCCAAUGACAACAACAACAAUAAGGAGAAAUAGGAUUGCCGUUCCUGGCCUAUCUAACCCUCACGACAGCUCGACUAUCUCGAACGAUAUGUCCAGCCUGACGGACGUAGGACGGUGACCUGCGCCCUAAGCAGUUCAUAGUGAUAGCGGACUUUCGCUGCAUCUACCGCACUCUCUCCUCCCCCACCCCCAUGAGUCCGGUGUCAAAAGAGAAUCAGGAAGACGAGGGGCGAGAUCGGGCGCAGUGACUGACUAAGAUAAGCCAGCCCGAUUGCGUUGCGUCUCGUACCUACUCCGUACAGUGGAUAAGACUCUCACAGGAACUAAAAAGGGAGACAGCUCGCAUCCUACCCGGGUGAUAGUGUCAUAGAGGUCACAGUGGGAAGGAGCCAUUACAGCCUAACUCUCCCUCUCCCAAGAGGAUCGAGUUCUCCUCUUAGUUGGCGGUCUUCCAAGUCAUGGAUUUUAGUGCAGUGUUAGUUCCACAGCGCGUCAUAUUGUUUAGGAUGGAGAAUAUGCGCUGCGUGCUGCGGGGGGUAGAUUCCCCAGGGUCGGCCUCACACUCCUUCCUUCAGUUGCUGGCGCGGCGCGAGCCUGCGCCUAGGCGUACCACACCCUCAAUGCGUGUUAUUUAUUGCAGGAUGCGGGGACAGUGCGUAGCCCGGUUAACGCAUUCCGUGGAAUAAUCCGGUCCCCUUAUUGGUCCACUGCAUCUCCCUUUCUAGGGGCAAUUAUAAGUCAUAAUCAGUCAGCCAGAUCCGAGACUAAGGCGAAGUUUAGCGCAUUUGUUUAAGUAAGGCUAGUCCCCAAAAGCUGUUUCACUGAAAAUACAGUAGGUGGACUAACUCAUGAAAUGUCAACCGAAAUUCCGAAAUGCGUUUUCGUUACGAAAAGAUUAAUUAAGUAGGGUUGUAAAACUAGUCAGCCUGCAACAUAAUGCUAUAACAUUUCGGUUACCUCAGAAUGCCGGCUUUCUAAUGAACUUACGUCCGGCUGCAUGCAAAAACUACACUCUGUAAAAAAUGGCUACUUAUGUAGCAUGAAUUUUUCUCAUCGAUUUUCGAUUACCUUAAAAGUCCAAUUAUUUUUCAUGAAAAAAAUGCACAGAAAUAUUCAUCAUUUCGCUCAUUCGGUAGAUGAUUACGUUUUCUUCCAAUUCUAUACCCGAAUGAAGGGUAUAAUUCGGUUUUUCAAAAACUUUUCCAGUUCCCAAAUAAUUUUGAACCCGCUCCAGUGCUACACUUGUAUUCAGGGUUUCCAAACUACAAGCCGUAUAUUUUCCGCGUACGGAAAACCACACAUUGCUCGAUUGUAAUAAAGGGGGACCAUAUAGGGUUCAUAAAAUUCAACAGUUGACUUGAGCCAUAUUGGUAACUUUACAAGCCACAUUGGUAAAUGCAGAGAUAUGACGACUUAUGAACGGCCGUUUCACGGUAUUUAAAAGUCCCACAAUUAGAAACUAUUUAAAAACCGAAUUAUGUCCCUCCUUCGAGUAUAAAAUUAGAAGAAGACGUAAUUUUCUACCGAAUGAACAAAAAUGGAUAGUUUUACGCAUGUUUUCCAUGAAAUAUAGUUGGGCUUUUAGGUUCAUCGAAAAUCAAUGAGAAAAAUUCAUGCUAAUUAUGUAAUCAUUUUUUACAAAUGGUAAAUUUGCAUGCAGCCGGAAGGAAGUUCAUUCGAAAGCCUGCAUCCUGAGCUAAAUGAAAUAUUAUAGACUUCUGUUUCAGGCUGACUAGUUAUACAAUCCUACUUAAUUAAUCUUUUCGAAACGAAAACGCAUUUCGGAAUUUCGGUUGAAAUUUCAUGACUUAGUCUACUUACUGUAAUUAAUAUGUCUGCCCUCUGUUAACCUGAUCUUGAACCUCACCUAACUCCCACAAACUCAUUCUCUUUUCAAUGAUGCCUGAGAAUGCUACACUCUCUCCGACGCUUGCAUUAUUGUGCUUACUCAUGAAACGUGAUGACGGGAACUGAGAUGAUCACUUUUAGACACCUAAAUUGUUACGCAUUUUUGCUUAUUCGCCGAGCUCGGUUCCGAAAAUGUCAUUUUUUAGUGCAGAAUGUGCGUCGAAGCUAUUUAGUAAUCAAUAUGUUUACAAAUUUUACUCGGCAACUUGGUGAUCUUUGUGCGUCAAUCUUUGCCCUUAUUCUUCAGCACUCAGCCCUAAUUGUUUAUGUGAUCGGAAAAAUAUAUAUAUUCGCCCUAAAGAUGUUAUCUAUCAGGAUAAAAGCACUUGCUCUCUGCAAACGGAAAACCUUAGACGGUUGCAGCCGACAUUAGCUGUCCUGUGCCAGAGUUUUGGUGUUCUGGACAACUUAGUUCGAGGAAUGUAAUCCUGCCUAGGCUAGAGCCGUCGAAGCCGCCAAACAAACGGGGGAACAUCCGCAAAUGCUCAAACUACAGCGUGAAUGGCUCCCGACCAAACAUUUACCGAACAACACCUACUUAGACAAAUAUAGUAGACAGUUUUGGGUAGUACGCACGCCCUUACUCUUCCGUCCUCCCAGAAGUCUUUCGAGCUGUUGGAAUAACUGGCGGGCUAGGCGACGAGCUUCUAGACGGCAACGAGUGGUAACCGAUGGUCUCCCUCCCCUCCCUUCUCCCUGAUCAAAACGAAAUAAAUGUUAGAUCGUAGACAGAACACGGCCGCUCCCGCCCCCCCCCCGAGCAUUCAAGGGCUUCUGCUUUCAAAACUGUUGGUUGGCCAUGUUACUUUGAUGGAGGCCUCGAACGCCGACGUCGUCUGACAUGCAGGCAGGCCACACUCAGUCUGAAGACACAUCUAAAUCGCGACUGACUGGACGCCGGCGUCCAUCAGCUUGGAAUAACCUUGGCAAGCAACAAAUUAAAAACGAAGACAACAUCUAUUUCUUGUUAUAACUAAGGCUUAAUUUUGAAAACUCGGUCGCUAAAUGUUCAUCAGGGCUACCUGUUUGGUGUAUGGCGUAAAUGCACUUACGAAACUACGUUUCUAUAUAGAUAAAGAGAUAUUAAUGGAUGCAAAGUAGUCUUACUCGCUUUCUUCACUGCCCUUUUCUUUGCUUCAGUUCCUGAACGUCCUUGGAAUCGCAGGACUCCAUAGUAACCUAAGAGCGAAAUCCGGGACUGAUUGGUCUGACUGUCUUAUCAGCAAAACGUCCUCCUCGCCUAGUGAUUAUUUGACCGAAAUAAAAUUGGGGGUUUCGUGCAGACCAGAACCAGCACCAGAUGCUUCGGGGUCCAGACAGACCACGCCCUCUCUCCAGAAGCCUGAUAACAGGGCCUUGAUAAGUAGAUCUACCUCAAAAUAGACCUUCACCCCUCCUCCUCUUCUUCAUCCUCCCUCUCCUCCCGCUACUACUACUGCCACUAUUACUGUUACUGCUGCUGCUGCUGCUGCUGCCGCCGCCGCCGCCGCCGCCGCCGCCGCUGGUGGUGGUGGUGGUGGUGGUGGUGGUGGUGGUGGUGGUGGUGGUGGUGGUGGUGGUGGUGGUGGUGGUGGUGGUGGUGGUGGUUGUUUUUGGUUGAGUCGUCGUGUUGUUAGUUCAUUAAGUCCAAAGAUAUCCGACGAGGACGAUCCGCGCGCAGAAUGA